GCAGCUUCUGAGCACUUGGACCCUUCUGCACGGGGGAAGGUUCCAAACACCAAGAUGCGAACGUUCUGGGCCUUGGCCUUCAUGGUGGCCAUACAAGGAGGAGCACUUGACGUGCUAGAUCCACCCCCCGUGGACAAAGUUCCCGCCACAGGAGUUCUGUCCAGUUUGAAUGCUGUCCCUCUUGAUGUGCCAACUCAGGGCAGAAAAGGUCCUUCCACCCAGCAGGGCCCUGAGGCCAAAAAGCAUCCAGCGAGCUCCAAAGGAGGCCGGUGUGCGCCUGCAGCCAAGUACAUGCUAUCCAGCAGCAAACUCAAAGAGUACCUGAUGGACACCCUGCCUCCACAGAUCGAGGAGUUGGUAAAGUGUGAGCAACUGGACUUGGCCGGCCUGCUCGGGACGGUGUUGGACACAGUGGGGGAGUCUAACCUGCUGUCAGUCUUGGAUGUGAAGUCUCUCCUAGAUGUGGGAGGAGGCCUCGGCCUUGAUGGUCUCCUAGGCAAGGGAGGUGACGACAAGUCCCUGAAGCUGCCUUCAGUCUCCAAGGCCGCUGGAGCUGUCAGUGACACACUCCCAGAAGGCCCGGAGGGCCUGGGUGGCUUACUACCCCCAGGCCUUAACAAAGGCGCUAUUAAAGGACUCCUCGAUGGACAUGGGCUCUCCGAUCUCCAGAAGCCACUGGAUGAUGUUGUCGGACAGGUAGGGGACCUCAAAAGCUCUGCACAGGACGUGGUGCAGAAGGUCCUGCCGCCAAACAUCAAGAAGGACGUCUCAGAAAUACUGGAUCUUGACCUAAAGAAGCUCUUGCUGGAGCUGAAAGUGGAAGAAGUCACCAUGGAGAGCAUGGAGGUCGCCAUGGAAGGAGACGGGAUCCAAGUCCAGGCCAUGACCAGUGCCGCCAUUGGUGGAGGAGGCUUGGCUGGACCCGUCAUCAGCCUUGUGGGACUUCAAGCAAAGCUGGACGUGACUCUGAAAAUUGACAUUUCCUCCAACAACACCCAAUGUGUCAACCUUGAGGUCCAGGAAACACAGGUCCAGGUCACUGAAGUGUCCAUUAAGUUGGUGGAGACGGUCACAGACGUUGUUCCUCUCCCUGUCCCGCUGCCCUUGGACCAAGUCGUCCCAAUGGUUCUUUCUGUAGAAAUAAAUGAGAAGGUGGAGAAAUCCAACUCCUGUGCCAUUGUUCUGAGUGAUUUCAACGACUGCAAGAACUCUACCGGCUUAUUCAAGUACCAAGUCAAAAGUGCCCAGAUUUCCCAGAAAGGGCUUUCUAUCCUCUACUGUGCCAAUGCUGUCCUUGGCGGAAAAACUGUCCCUGUGCCUGGAAGUCGCCUCCCUCCAGACUCUAAAAAUGCCAACAUUUCCAUAAUUUUGUCCCACACGAUGGUCAACACGCUUCUCAACCACGCCGCCAAGCAGAGCUCUGUCACUAUGGACAACCUGUCCGCAAACAUCACCAAAGUGUCCUAUGCCUACCAGAAAGACAAACCCCUCAGGGCCACUUACAAGGUCGUCAUACAAAAGGAUGGACAGAGCUUUGCCACCGGGAAAACGAUCUUAGUCCUCUCCCAUGCAGCCAAGAUUGUAAAAGACAAACUGGUAGCAGACAUCAAAGUCAUGAGAUCUGACCACACUGUAGACCCCCCUGAGGUGGAGGAGGAGGCAGGAGGAAUCAUGUCUGAAGUAUCGAAGAAGCUCUUCUCCAAUUUUAGCAAAUUGCUUAAAGAAAUGAAUGUACCAACGGGAGUGUCUUCAUUUCCACUAACAAACGUCGAGGUGAAAAAGCUGAAAUUGAAUGAUCUCCAGGCAUCAAGCUGA